CGAGCAGUAGCGAUGGCGCCUGGUGUGCUCCUUAUUUGGCUUGGCUGCUAUAUCAGCAACGGUCAUGCUUCUUCAGAAAUGCGAAGGACCGGCAUCUACAUUACAAUAUCCUCAUACAGCGGAUUCUGGAGCUAUGGGCACUUCGAGCUGAACUGGUUCGGCAUUCCCAAUGAGCAUAUAGGAGUGACCUACGCGGUGCUAACAACGAGGAAUCCUCCGAAGGCGUCUGCUGACGUUCUAUCCAUAGUACCUAUUACACGAGCUACAGACAGAUAUACGACGAGUGCACCAGCACCAACCUUUAAUGUCAGCACUUUGAUGAAAGGGGAAUGUCUCGGCUAUUGGGCCGUCGUGAUUGACAACACGUACAAGCCUUGGGAUCCAGUCGUACUGCAUUCUUCGUGCUUCACACCCAAGCCUAGAUGGAUGCGGCAGCAUUGCUGCACGCUCUCAACGCUCAGCCUUUUGGACAUGCUCAUUCCUGGCACGCACAAUUCUGGCAUGUACAACAAGGGGUACACACAUCCGCACCAGGAGUACCUGUAUAACCAGGACCAAGACAUCACACAACAGCUGGCAUACGGCAUUCGUAGCCUGGAUUUGAGGGUCCAGUAUUCCAGUGGCGUGUUUUACGUGACCCACAGCAGAACCAGGGGGUGGCCCACCAUAGAACAAGUUCUCCGAGAAGUUCGUGAAUUCGUGCAAGCGACAGGCGAACUUGUGCUUUUAGAUUUCCACAGGUUCACGAAGGGUUUCGACGUAGGCUAUGAUAACGUCACAGCGCGGCAUUUAAAGCUUGUGAAGCUAAUCGUUAAAGAGCUGAAUGAUGUUCUUCUAAGAAAGGAAUACUAUUUGAUGAGAUUGAAUGAAAUAUUUGACCAAUGCGAAAACAAAACAAAGCCGAGCGGUCACGUUAUAGUGUUCUACAAUUAUGAAGACUACAGCGGAGAGUAUCAACAAUUCUUGGCACCCGGUGUGCAUCAUAAAUGGCCCAAUGCGCAGAGCGAAGGCGCCCUCAUGAAAUAUCUGAGAAAACAUGCAUGUGUACACCAAAGUAGUAGCAAUCUGGUUUCGAUAAUGACAGAGCUCACACCGUCCUUUCCGUCUCUUGUUAUUGGAAACCGUCGUGCGGCACAGUGGAUUAACCACGAUGUUACCGAAUAUUUCAGGGGAAAAGGGCCGAACUGUUACGGCAUUAUUGCUACAGAUUACUUCUUAGGCAACGCCAUAAUUGAGGCGACUAUCGAGGCCAACCUAGAAAAAGGGCGCGCGGGAUUAUUUGUAUAUCAUUAUAGACCCCAUCGCUAUUGCAAAGCAUCUGACACCAGGUAGAAAAAAGAUUCAUUGGAGGAAGUUUAGCACAGUUCCUAUUCUCAGCAUGAAAGCUUUUACGUUAAUCACGUAAGUUUGACACACGAAGCUGGUUCUGUGCGCACGUUUGCAUGGUCAUGCGUCUAUUUCAUAUUCUGCGUACUUUCCAUUCUACGCCAAAGAACUAAACAAGCAUGCUCUAUUCCAAGUUCGAAACAUCUCAUUUCAAUUACUUUUCUGUUUCACCACAAAAUUCAUUAUUAAAAAUUUGACAGUUAUUGCAACAAUAAAGCGUUAUAACAACUGAUAUUUAAAUGAUCAAUUUUAUGCCGGUCGCUAAAAAUCAUGUCAGCUGCUUCUCAACAAGAACUUGAACAUCAUGUACAGGAUCGAGUUUGAGUAGAAUGAGCCAUGUAUUUACUAAAGGUU